CUUUUGUCAAUUAAGUGCAGUUACGCCAGUUACCGUCGUUCUCUAAGAAUGCGUUUCAAUACAGUGCAGCUUCUUACGAGAUAAAAAAAAAGUGAAUACUUAGUAGAUACGAUUGACGGACAAAAAUCAAAAGUUGCUGAAAAACCGUUGGUGCUGUUGCUGUGAGUAUGGAGGAGGAGGAGAAUGAAUACAGUAAACACAAUUCCUUGGAGGCUAGCAGGGAAGUGUUGGGAAAAUACAAAGCUGAAUGCUUUAAUAACAGUUUGAGAAGUAGCUUGGAGCCAGCUUCUGAUGAAGAUUCGUUUCACAACGAAACUGAAAAUCGAUCUAUGGAUUUGAAAAAUUCAAACAAUAAUGAAAGUGUCAGUAUGAGCGAGGGAGAAGGAGAUGGUGAAUUAGAAAGAUUAGCUGGAAGGGUAGUCGAAUUGGAAGAACUACUUCAAUGUAAAGAAGUAGAGGUUGAAGUUAUGGGUGCGGAAAUCGACACUCUUAGGGCUGAUGCUUGUUCGCCAACUUCUUCCCACAGUCAAAACAGCAACAUUCCUUCUAAAGAUGCUAUAUCCAAGCUUCAAGAGUGUUUGCAAGCUAUAAAUCAGAGGGAUGUUCUGAUUGAAGACUUGACAACGUCGUUGCAACAAGCUUUAGCUGCUAGAGAUAUGUUACAAAUACAAGUCCAGUCCCUGAAUUCACAAAUGUAUAAUUGUAAUGAAAAGAUGUUCAAGUUAGAGAAUACAAUAAGUGAUCAAACAGACUUGAGUGUUGAACUUGAACAAGCAAGACAGAACAUCAAAAAAUUGGAGCUUGAAAAAGAAACACAAUCCACAGAACUGAGCAACUACAAAACUCAAAUUGAAUACCUUAAAGAGAAAAUAAAAAGUUACUCUGGAGAAGUAGAUGACAAUUCUUUUGAAGCGCAUUUGAAACAAAAACAGUGUGAAUCCAUGAAUGACCAAGUUGAAAAGAUAAAAAAAGACAUGAAAGUUAUAUUGGACAAAUUUGCAGCUGAAACCAGCGCUAACAACAUCAAACAUGCUAACGAGAUCAAAGAACUGAAAGACAGGUUUGAAGCAGAAUUACAACAGCUCAAAGAUGAGAACCUGAACCUCGAGGCUCGCCUCGAAAGGGAAACAUCCGCCUUCCAGGCUCAGUUAACAAACAGCCAACGUAUAAUUGAGUCUCUGAAAUCAGACCUGGUGACCAGCAAAGAGAGCCACGACCAAGAAAAAGAACUACUCUCCGAGCAAAUAAGACUCCACAAGCUGCAACUACAAAAUAUGACGUCAAAGUAUCUUUCGACCGUUAGUAUUUUGGACUCAAAAGAAAGCAUCGAGCGAUCUUUAGAGCAAGCGCUCAACGAUGCCGCGUCUCUCAGAUCAGAAAAUGAGUCAUUAAAGUUCAAACUAGAUGACCUGAUGUUGAGGUACUCGGCUGCGCAAAAUUUAAUAGAAAACAGCCAAGUGCAAGAAAGAUCGUUGAGCAACAAGAUCUACAGCCUUGAAAAGUCAUUGUCAAGACUUAGUGGAAUUAGCAGGGCGGAACUUGAUGAAACUUCUUAUCAGACUUUGGAUGAAAUUUCGUUGCAGUAUCAAAUAGCCAAACAAAAACUUGAUGAAAAAGCAUCGAUGGAGCAGGACCUGGUACAAAAAAUCCAGGAGCUGGAAACAGUCGUCUCCAAAACACAGAAUGAGCUGGAAUCGGUUAAUCUCGUCAAAGACGCGUAUGAAAAACAAUUAAAGGAUCUCGAAAACAACUAUGAAAAACAAUUCAAGGAUAUGAAAAACAGCCGCGACCGUCUCAAGGAAGAACUUGUGUCCAAACAACAAAUUCUCGAGCAGCAAUGCCAACAGCUGCAGACGCGUAUUUCAACCGACAGUACGGAUGGCACGCUAAUGGUGAGUGCAAAGUUCGAGCAGGAAAUCAACGUGCUGAAACAGGUUAUCCAAACGCGAGAUCAGAAAAUUGCCGAGUUGAUCCAACAGUUAACAGAACAAAGCGAGGAAAACAAAAGACUUGGGGAAGAGGGUGAUAAGCUUAGAAACGGCCUCACUGCUGCUUACGCCCAGUGUGCAGCUUUUGAAGAAAAACUAGAUCAAACUUUGGGUUUUUGUGACAGUAAACUGGAUGAAACAGUCCUGGUGGAUCAGACCGUAGUAUCUGAUGCCUCGUGCUUGGACCUUGAAGAACUACUACACAGACAGUCAAAGUACAAUCAAGUGCUCCAGAAACUGGAUACGUGUCGCAAGCAACUUGAGGAAUACGAGCAGGAGAAAACGUCCUUGCUGUGUGAAAUUGAAAAGAGCAGCAGGGAACAGAACAAGUUGCUGGCCCAAGCCCAAGAAACCGAAAAACAACUCCGCGAAGAAGUGCGUACGUUGAAGACUGAAAAUGUGGCUGAAUCUAAAAGAUUUCAGCUAUUGGUUAAAAAUGUAGAGGAAGCGAACGAACAGAUGAAAAAAUUAAAAGCGGAAUUGGAGGAAAAGCACACUAGAGAAAUGGAGGAGCUGCGCACUUAUUUCGAAGAAAAGUGUUUGCAGAUGGAAAAGCAAUAUUCCGAGGAAAUAUUUAGUCAGCAAUCGAAAAAAAUGUCCAACGACAGUGAAUUCGAAGAUCUGGCUGAAGACUUGUACGUUAGCGAUAAAGCAGCUCAUAGUUUGGGUGGCGGUGGUGAUGCUACAGAUAAGGAGCAACAAAUAUAUAUUCCGCAAGAAAAAAUAAUCAAAGCCGUCGCUCAACGCGAGGAAAAAGUGGGAAAAAAGUCUGAUUGUACAAUUUUCUUGGAAACAGCUGAUCAGUUUUGUCAAACCGAGCAAAACAACAGCAGCAGCGUCCUGAACAACGCCAGGGAGGCUGAUUCCACUGCCGAGGUCCAAGAGAGUUGCUGCAACGAGUUGAACGAGCUGCGGGCCAACUACGAUCGCCAGCUUGAGGAGCAAGUCGGCCUCGCUCGCGUCGACAUCGUCAAUGAGCUGCGCGAACAGAUCGAGGCACUGCUCACGGUAGAUUCGGAAUCCGAUGAAAAUUGGUCGACGGAGCUGUUGGAGUUGCGUGACAAGUUCACCAACAACGCGAAGCGGGAAAUGCAGGCUCUGAAAGAGCGUCACGUCGAGGAGGUCAAGCGACUGAAGGAAGGAAACAACCAAGCCUUGAACGACUUGCAAGAGGAGCUUAAAAGACUUAAAGCGGCGACUCAUGACUCUUUGCAGAGCAAUUUGAUGAACGAGAGGGAUGUUCUGCACAAAACGUGCUCGGUGCUGAAGAGCCUCGUGAGCCAGUUGAUAGAUUACUUCGCCGAUUGCGAAGAGGAAAUCAACAACACUUUGAUCAGCGAGGUCCUCAAAAAGCCAUUCGCGCCUUCUCGUUUGGACAACAAUUUGAGCUUUGAUGGUGACACCAACAGAAAAGCGAUAAAGAGGGUGCGCUUUGCGCCGCAAUCCAACGAAAUCGCUUCCAUCGUCGGUAAAGAUAUAAGUGAUCUGGUCCACGAUGAGGAUUUGAUUAAAAAUUUGAAGGACGAUUUGGAUACGUGCCUGCAGCGUCUGAGGACCGAGUGCGCGACGAUUUUCAACUCCUCGCCGUCAGAUUCCGAGUCUUGGUCCACGGGAAUUGGCGACAGUACGGGUGAGAAACUUGUUGAGGCCGAAAAACUUGUUGCCAAGUACCAAGAGAAAAACGAGCACCUGAAGAUGAAAGUGAUGGAUCUGCAGCAGCGGCUUUUGAUCGCCGAGAACAAGAAGGAGGUGAUUUCGGAAGGCUACGGUAAACGAGACGAGACAGUAGUGAUCGAAGAGGAACAAGAUCAAGACUUUUCGCAACUUCAAGACCGCGCCAAGUCAGUCGUGAUGAACGGCUGUAACGACACGGGCUAUUUGCUCCAGCUGAUUGACGAGUUGUGCAGACAGUCAGAUAAGAAUAUCGACGAGAUGCGGAAAGACAAGGAGGAUCUGCAACAUCAACAGGUUUCAUUAGUUCCUACUCCUUCCCAAAACAUUCACAGGGUUCAAUGUGCCAAGAUCGAAGCGGCAGACAAACAGCUGCGCUCGACGCGCAAAUUUCAGGAAGAGCAGGCGGUGGAACGCGAAGCUGAGCGCGAUGAGGCAGCUCGACAGAUCCAGCAGCUCCAAGAAAAGCUCAGGGAACGAGAACGCGAAAAGGAUCGCGAUUAUCGUAUCAAUUCUGUCGAGCAGUCUGCGCUAUCGCCCGCCUCGUUCUCAACGGGCAACUCUAUGCUUCGGCAGAGCGAUGAAUCCGGGAUCAAUGAAUCAGUGGAAGAUUUAACUGCCCAAUUGCGUGAGGCCCAGACGAAGGGUGCGGAAGCCGAGGCAGAACUGAAGACCGCGGUUGAAAAAAUUUGGGAACUGCGCGAAGUAAUAAAGGAUUUGGAGCAACAGGUUCAAACGCGAUCUGAAAAAGAAGAUAUCCUCGAAGGUCAGAUCCAACAGCUGGAGGAGAUCAUCUUGGCACAGACGAAGAAUCAAGAGGAACUCGUCCAAGAGCUGGAGCUCGUCAAAGCCGGCAGCGAAAACAAUCACCUGAGCGACCACAUCGGACACCUACAGGAAGAACUUCGCAAGGCGCAGCUCAGCUCCGAGCAGAUGGCAGCCAAUUCGUCGGCUCUGAAGCAGCUCCGCCUCGAAAUACGUGACUUGCAAGCUCAGCUAAACAAUAAAACUCGGGAACUGGAAUCGAUGCACGUGUGCGGCUCAAGUUUGAGUAUCAGCCAGCCAAGCGAGGAUGUUUCUCUACGCGAGCAGAUUGACGCGACGCGCUGUCCUACUCCCGACGAUCCGAGCUACCCACCGGUACUGCCGCUUGAUAGUCUCCUCAAGCUCAAGGAAAGUUUAUCGAAGCACUUUCGGGUCGAGGAUGUGGCGCUCAAACGGCUCAAGGAUCUGGACACGCAGUUGUCGAAUCUCCAGAAGCAAAAUGAAGAACUAUUGGCUGAGCAGGAAUUGCUUCAACAGGCGACGUCGGAGCAGCUGUUUCAAAUUGAAACGUUGCGGGCAAGACUCGAGCAGCAGAAACUGAAUGCGCCAUUUGAUCAUAGACAAGCCAUUUCCAAGCUGGAGUCUCAGUUAUCUGACCUCAAUAGCAAAAUCGAAUUUUCCGAGCGGGUUCUACGUGAUAAGGAUGUCGAGCUGAACGAGGUGAAAGGUCAGCUAGAGCGCGUGAGCCGUAUUCUGGCCGAGAAGGAAAGCGAGCUGGUCAAUGUUUUCCAGUCGGAAAACGGGGCGAUGCAAAAACUGAGGAACAGAAUAUCAAUGUUGGAGGAGGACAAGCAACUGCUGCAGGGGAAACUAAGCUUGCAGGGAAAACCGCAGAAUAACUUGCCGCAAAUAAUCGACACGAUAAUUGCCGAGAAGAACGCCGAAAUCGAUCAUCUGCGGGACGAGCUCGUCAAACGUGACAAGCAGCUUGAGCUCAUAGGCCUCAGUGAAGCUCAACUGCGCGAAUUGAUGAGCCAGCAGCCAAAGACGAGUGCGCGUACUCUCAGUGACAUCUUGUCGAUCAACUCGGAAUGCGAGGAUGGCUCGUCCGAUCCGAUUCGCGAAGUCCCCAAUUUCACCAAGUCCCAGAAUGUGUCGAACUUGAAGCUGCCCAAUGCCACGCUGAUGAGUUCCAAGCGAGACGCUGUCGACAGUUCUCAACCGAUCACUGAAACACCCAAGGUGCCGAGAUUGGAUUUUGGCUCGCACAGUCACAGCUAUGAGGUGGAUACUCCUCACAUGCAAAUUUUGGACAAGAUGGUCGUUGCCGCGGCCAGUCCAACUUCUGACGCCGACGAGACUGAGACUCACGAGUCGACCACGACGUCCGAGGAUCAUAGCGACGUCGUUUGUCCGAGGCACGGUAAAUUUGGCAGCCUGCUCGUAACUAACCACGCAAGUAGUGACCCACCACACAGCACGCCUGCAGCGACUCAGUGCAUCCAAGAACUUGAAUCGCAUCUUUGUGAAAUAAAAGCAGAACUAAAUGCUAAGACUAGUGCUCUGAACGAGAGGGAAGUGGAGCUGAUGGAGAUACAGGGUAACGUUCAACAGUUGCGAGAAAACAUCGAGUCGUUGAAUCAUGACAGGCUCUUCUACGAAACCGAGUACAAGAAGACUAAAGACAACGAGGCUAAGAUAAAAAAUGACCUUUACGAAGUUGAAAACGUGUUGAAAUUUACGACGGAAAAGCUCGAGGAUUACGUAGAAAAAGUGAGGAUCAGCGAAAAUAUAUUCUACGAGGAAAAGAUGCUCCGCAAGAGUAGCGAAGCCGCUUUGCAGGAAAAACUUGAGGAAAUCACGAAUCUCCAUGAGAUCAUCUCCGGCAAAGAUGCAACCAUCGAAACACUGCAGACCCGUGUCACAGAGAUCGAAAACGAGAACAAAGAUCUGUUCAACUAUCAAAGGCAAUUCGAGCUCCUCCAGCAGAAGAUCGUGGAUCAUCAGAAUGAGAUAAGGAGACUGAAUGAGUGCCUCAACAGUCGCGAUCAAAUGAUUCGCAGGCUGGAGGAGGUGACGCGAAGGAGCAAUUUUUCUGGAAGCUCAUCGCCCAGUGAAAAAAAUCAAGAAAUUUUCCACCUGCAAGAGUACCUUAAGGAAAAAGAUAAAAUCAUACGAAAGAUGACGGACGACAGUAAAAGCUUGCACCUUUCUCUGGAAACUAUCAACAACAAGAUGAAGGAGUCAGGAAACGUUGUGGAACUCCGGAAAAAGUUGAAGGACGAACGUCGGAAAAAUGCUGAGCUGUCGGAAAUAAUUGUGAAGCUGAAGACCGAUUUGGAGAUGAUGAACAACUUGAGGCGACCUAACGAAGAGGACAACGACAUUACCGAGAUGGUCCAGCAGCAGCUCAACCUGUCUGCCAGGCUGGAUCAGCAGCUGCUCAACGUCAUCGACAGCGAACCGGAAGAUGUUUUGAGGUGCAACGAUUUGAAGUUCGCCAACAAAGAAAUCGAGGAACUAAACCGGCUCAAGGAUGACCUUGAGAUUGAGCGAGAGAUGCUUACGUCUCAGAUUACCGAGUAUGAGAAUCGAGUGGUGCAGUUAAAGGCGGAUGUCGAAGACGAGUCGAAAAGAGUUGCGAAAUUGGAAGAAGAUCUCGCCAAGGAAAGACACUCGGUUAGAUCUUUGCAGUUGCAGCUGCAGAGGGAAAAUCAGUUGGCUCGGGAGAACAAAGCAAGAGACACGGAUUUAAUAUCCCAACUUAGAGUCGCGUUGGAAGAUUCACUGGAAACAAGAAACAAGCUUCUCUUGGAACGGAAGAAUUUCGAUGUUGCUGGUGACUUGCGCAAUGCCAACCAGUCAAAAUUCGAGAGUGCGCAGGAAAAGCAACAAUUGGGAUUAGAGAAAGAAUUGGAAGCGGAAAAACGCAAAUACGAGGAGAGUCAAGCGACUCUGAGAAAACUUGAAGCCGAGAAAGGACGACUUGAAAAGCAGUGCGAGGAGUUGGAAGAGGAAAGAAAAAAACUAGCUGAGAGCUUGGACAGUGCAACUUUAGAAAGUGAUCGGCUCAAAAAUGAUUUGCAGCAGGUCAAAGCUGAGCUCAAAACCAAAACUAAGGAAUGCGAUUGGCAAAAGUCGAUUCUUAAGACUGUAAAUGACGCUGAAAACAAGCGUAAUCAACGAAGAGGCAGCGAACAUUCGGAACUGAAGACUCUGAGGCGAGAACUCAAGAACUCGCACGAUCUCAUCGUUGAUUUUGAGGCUGAUAUGAAGACGUUGAAGCAACAAUUGUCCGAGUCUUCUGAAAGGGAACAGCAAUUGUCGCGCGCCAUUGAGUCUCUGAUAGACAAAGAGACCGAGCUCAUCGAACAACUCACUUCAGCAAAAACGGAGGAGAACAAACUAAGGUCCACUAUUGCAGAUCAGGACAAGGAGCUGAAAAUGCAUCUGAGGAGAGAGGUGGAACUUACCGAAGAGAAGAGGGAAAAUUCGUCUCCGAACAGGAAUAGUUCACCUGGUAAAAUUUAUCAGAGAUUAAAGAAUCUAGAAUCAAUUAUUGAUAGACUGACAAUAGAAAAGGUGCAUUUAUGUGAAAUGAAUACUCAACUCCGGGAAGAAAACGAAAAGUAUUUACGUCAGGUGCGAUUCUUAGAAACGCAACUGUCGCAAAAAAUAAAAGUACAUCAACCUCAAGUUAUAAGAGAUGAUACCGAGGAAAAAGUGAAGCACUUUUAUGGACAAUACCUGCGUUCUAAAAGUCGCUGGAAAGCUCUGAUUUACCAAAAGAACUACCUGCUCUGUAUAAUAGCCGGAUACCAGUAUGCCGAGGAGAACACAUUUGCCUUUUUAGCUCAGCUAACGCAAAGUCAGCGGAAGAUAACACGUCAAGGGCCACGUCGUCGAAACGCAAAGGUGAGAUUCCGCAGCGUUGUGUUCCUGGUGAUAAGCCUCAGUCGAAUAAAGUGGUUGAUCCUGCGGUGGAGAACUGGUAUAAGAGUUGGUGCAAAAGUCGUGCUUGGAAACGUGGAAGGACAAUCUCUUGCAUCAUUGUCAAGGGCGCGGUCUAUUGGAGCUUCCGGACACUCGCCACCCGUAAGAGAAAAACCGUCAAAUGGCGUUAACAGUUUUUCAUAUGAUCCACACCUUCGCUGCUUCCCAGACAUUCAGCAGAGCCUGCAUCUAUAACCAAGUACCUGAACUGCAAAAUUUAAGCUUUAGCGAAAGAAAAAAAAAAAAAAAGAAUUGAAAUAAAUAUCGUGUAAAUAACUGUAUGAUAGUUUAUUAUUCUCUUUUUUAUAAUUAAAUAAAGUAGGACACUGGUUUUUUGCAAGGUAGUUAAACAAAGCAUUACUUUCUUUCUUAAUUUUUGUUUUUAAAUUAAAACCAAAGUAUAUUUAUAGCGUAAUUUAAAUGGUAAAAAAAAUGUGUGUUGUACUAGAAAGACUCUAUAAAAGCAAACUAGUGCCUUUUGUAAUACCUGUGAAUUUGUACUGUUAAGAAUGCGUGCUAAUUUUUGUGUAUUAUAAAUAAAGUAUACCAUCCUUAUUUAA